AUGGAUCGCCGCGUGGAUCCGGACUCGGACGAGGAGUACGAGUACGAGUACCAUGAUUCAGAGACGGAGACCUUCUAUCUGAACUUGGACCUUAGCUCCCACCAUGGUCCUAUCCGCCCUCCACGACGGCGUCAAGAUGACCCCGCCUCUUCCAAUGAGGCACCCGGUGCAGUGGACGAUGCGCCUGAUUCCAAUACAGGUGCCGAAGCCUUCACGCCCCUCGAGAGUGCAGAAUCCGAGACUCUGAGCAGCGAGCGAAUCCAGAUUCUCGGUCUCCACACGUGCAACCCGAUCGUCUCGUAUCACAACCAAAUCUUCAGCUGCUCCUGGGCCGAUCAAAUCGGUACCGAGCUAGUCUUUGCGCACCCGGACUCGGACCCGGACCCUGAUCAUACGCCUCUGCGCCAGGGCCCGGCCUUUGAUCUACUUGCUGCCAACAGCGUGAAGAUCCUCGGUCGCAAGGCGAACAUCACCUCCAGCUCCGGGCCCGGAUUGGUUCAGGAUAAUGCGAUGGUUGGGACUCCAGAGCUCGCGCCUGAGAGUUCUUCCUCCUCUCAGACGGCUGGGAACAUGGGCGUGCCCCGGCGUGCGGUGCCCCAAACGUAUCAGGCGCAGUUCCUCCAGCAGCUGCAGAAUAUCAAAACCGCCAAGGGCGAAACCGAUCCCGUGCGCACUGUUAUGAGCACUCGGCGCAACGUGAAUAUUGCAGAGCGUCUGAGUGGAUGGGCCCGCACCGACGCCCAAAUCGCGGAAGUCAACCGGCUCCAGCAGCUAGCUGUCGAAGGAGACGCGGAGGCAUUGGCAACUCUGGAACAAAUGAUACGUGAAUACCUCCAUCCGGCUGAGAGUUGA